AGACUCGUGUCUGCUCCCGCCAAUGGUAGCUCAUAGUACCAAAGUAUAUCCUCCCCUCUGGAAUUUUCUUACAUAAUCCAGACUACAUUUGCUCUCCCAGAUAAUUUAAAUCUUGGAAUGCUGAAACUGAACCCUGGCGCACUAUUACAGCCUUCCCGUUUCCUUCAUGCUCUGGGUAUCUUGGAACAUCAGAAUAUGGACUGUUUUUGACUUAUGAUUCUUCAGUAUAAAUUUAAACAUGGCGUCCUAUUUUCUAUUCUCCUUCUAUUGCACUCACAUUCGAAUAUUUUUGAGAUACCAAGUUUUCAACAGCAUCCUCUCGCUCAAUCAAAAUCACCGGUAUCCACAGAAAUCAUUAUAAACUCCAUUUCGAUACUUAAUUCUUCAUUUACGAGACAAGAUGGCGAUUCCAAACCUCUACUUGGCCAUCAGAAAAGUCUCUCCACUCCACUGGUACGAAUGCUAUAAGCAACGCGAUCUCCAUAGCAUCCAAAAACUCUACUUCUCGACCGUACCGAUUCCAGGAAUCUACGCCAUCACGGCCAAUAGACGCCACUACCUCAUCGCCAUCAAACCAAUCAAAGGAAAAAAUGACGCCGAAAAAAUCUUCGAACCCGCGAAGAAAAGCUGCCAUGACCCGACCAUCCGCUCGAAUGCAGACAAAGCCAACCAGAUAAUUAGCAACAACCUCUCAAGAAAGUUAUCAUUCUCAAGCACGCGGACAACUCUCAACGGCGACAUCGACGACAAGAAAGACUGUUUCUUCGGCUACCGCUUCCCUCAUCCCGAAUACGUCAAGGUGCUGGAACAAGAUAAACCCACCCACUCGAAGAAGUACAUCCUUUUCGGCACAGGAGGACAUGGCCCACACCAAAAAUCGCCAUUUCGAAACUACCUAAGCAAGAAGCAAGACAACCGACUUUCACAACUUCUCGACUUCCUUGGCUACCGUGGAGAAAGCAGUCUCCAAGAAGCGGACAUGAAUGGCUUCAGGAAACUGAGGAUCCCGCUGAGGAUCAAGUUCUGUUCGCUCGCCAGGAGAUGGAUGUUCAGUUCUGAGAUCAAGAUCAGGACUGAGGAGGUUCUUAUGUGUGAGGAUAUCACGUGUAUGAGGAGAAGUCAUGAGGGUUGUGAGAGGGAAAUCUGGAGGAAGAUGUUUGCUUUGGACGACGGGUAUUCGUGGGUUGAGGUUGGGAGGCUGGGAAGGAGAAAGGGGAAUGGAUUGUUCAGAGUUGAUGAUGAGACGGAGUGUAUGAGACGACAGUCGAAGGAGGAGGUGAGAGUGAGCGAAUGGUAUUUAGAGAGAGAAAAGGAACGAUUCUUGGAAGAUAGCGAGGAGGCAGAUUAUAUGUCGCUUGUGAGAUAUUGUCAGAAAGAGAAAUGUGAUGUGAAGAAUGGGGGAGUGUAUUUGGAGAGAAAGAGGGCUGAGCUCGCUAAGCUUGAAUUUGGGAAAUUGGAAGAGGAAAGACUCGAGGAAGAAUGGGCUGAGAAAAUGGCGCUCCAGGAAGAGAAGCUCGUAAUGAGGUUCGUUAGGGUUUGGAAUGUGGAGGUUCGGGAAGCUCAAGCUGCGGAAAUGGAGGUUGGAGAAGUUGUCGAGAUUGAAAGCAUGGCAUGAGAAGGAGCAUGAGGAAUAGAGAAUUGAUAAGAUGUAAGACAAAUGAAAUUAUCCCAUAUACAAUUCGAAAAAAGCACAACCGUGAAGCUCUUUCUUGCUCAGGCCACUUAGCCUGCGAUGGCGAUUUUUGAGCAACUUGAACUCAGCCUCGCAUGAUGGAACAGGGACUUGUACCAAGAAACACGCUGAGAGGAUUUUGAUCACCAGAAAGCCACUGAAUACACGCGUCAAUGUUCUCACUCACUUAUGAAGAUUCAUUUCAAAAUUCCAGCCGUCAAGAAAUUGCCAGAACACUCUUUCCAUCCUGCUUAAAUUUGGUGGCACUUUUCACUGUACUCCUUCGGGACUAUGCUGCAGGAUUUGGUUAGAUUUUCGGUGGCUGGUGGCGUCUCACCUGUUGAAGACUCAAACUCAAAAUGAGGUCAAUUCUCAUCUCAAUAAAAACGUCGUACUGUACAAACUUCACUUAGGUACGAG